AUGUCUCCCGUUGAGUUAAGCUUUGGCGGCGGCGCCUUCCACACAGAAGAGACGUUUGGCUCUAUCGAGAAGAUGAAGGAGGCCAUCUCCAUCCUCCAGGCCGAAGGCAUCAAGUACAUCGACACAGCAGCCAUCUACGGCGAGAGCGAGAAGUUCCUCGGCGAGCUAGACGCUUCCAAAACGCACACUAUCGACACCAAGUACCCCGGAGGGUUUGCCGGGUCAUCAAGCAAAGAAAAGAUCCUCGCCACCGCAAACGAAAGUCUCAAGAAACUCCAGACAAACCAGGUCGACGUCUACUACCUGCACUCGCCAGACCGCCAAGUCCCCUUCGAAGUCCAAGUCGACGCCAUAAACACUCUCUACACCGAAGGCAAAAUCAAGCGCUUCGGAAUCUCCAACUUCCUCGCCGCAGAAGUCGAAGAGCUCGUGCAGAUCUCCAAGGAGAAAGGCUGGAUCGCCCCCUCCGUCUACCAGGGGAACUACUCCGCCGUUGCGCGCCGCGCUGAAACAGAACUGCUCCCCGUCCUGCGCAAGCACGGGAUCCAGUUCUACGCGUACUCGCCUAUCGCGGGCGGGUUUCUGACCAAGAGCGUCGAGCAGCUUACGAAGGGUGCGGGGGGUCGUUGGGACCGCUCGUCCGGCGUUGGGGCUUUGUAUCACGAGCUGUAUAACAAGCCGACGAUGUUUGAGGGGCUGAAGCUCUGGGAGGAGAUUUCCGAGCAGACGGGGAUUCCGAAGGCGGAGUUGGCGUACCGGUGGGUUAUCUUUAACUCGGCGUUGAAGGGGGAGGAUGGCGAUAGGGUUAUCUUUGGGGCGCGCAAUCUGGAGCAGUUGAGGGAGACUCUUGGGUUUGCGAAGAAGGGGGCUUUGGGUGCGGAUGUGGUGCAGAGGGUUGAGGAGGUUUGGAGGCUUGUUGAGGCCGACGCGCCGUUGGAUAACUAUAACGAUGGCUUGCUGAAGAUCCAAGAGAAGGGGGUGAAGUUUGAAGUCCCGAAAUAG